AUGGAUCAGUAUCUCAGGCUCCCGCCGCCGUACGUGCUGUACGCCAUCUUCGCCUCCAUCGGGGGUUUCAUCUUUGGCUUCGACACGGGCAGCAUCGGCCCGAUAACACUGAUGCGACCAUUCCAGCGGUCGUUCGGCGUGCUGUCACCAACGAUGCAGGGCCUCUUAGUCUCGUCGAUCCUUCUCUCGGGGGCGCUCGCCUCCUUCUUCGCGGGCUGGCUGUCCGACCGGCUCAGCCGGACCUACUCCAUCUCCCUCGGAGCAACCGUCUUCGCCGUGGGCGCGGCACUGUGCGCCUCCGCGCACACGCUCGCCCAGCUGUUCGUCGGCCGCCUCGUCUGCGGCGCUGGCGAGGGCGUGUUCAUCUCGUGCGUCGCCGUGUACGUGCUCGAGAUCGCGCCGGUGCGGAUCCGCGGCACGGUGGCGUGCAUACUGCAGCUGUUUAUCACGCUCGGAAUCAUGAUUGGGUAUUUUGUCUGCUACGGGUGCUUGCAGGUCACCACCAGCAUGGCAUGGCGAACACCGUUCGUCAUGCAGACCGUCUUUGCCGUCGUACUGGCCCUGGGGUCGCCGUAUAUCGCCCACUCGCCCCGCUGGCUGCUCUUGAGAGGCCGUCGACCGGAGGCGGCUCGCACACUGGUUAAGCUCGGCAUUGGUGAGACCGAGAGGGAGGAGCUCAUGCAGCACGCGCUGAAUCCUGAUGAGAAGGCCGGCGGGUAUAGAGCCGCUUGGGGGAAGGAUGUGCGCGGGCGGACGGCGCUGGCAGCAACCCAGAACCUCUCCGGGAUCGACGGGGUGCUCUACUACGCGCCGGUCCUCUUCCGGCAAGCGGGGCUGGAAGCCGAGAAGGCCGCGUUCCUUGCCUCGGCGAUCACCGGCGUGGUCAACGUGGUGUUCACGGCGGUAGCGCAGAUCUUCGCAGACAAAUGGGGGCGACGGCCGACGCUGAUCGUUGGCGGGCUGUUAAUGGCGGUGCCGAUGACAGCCAUUGGCGCGAUAUACGCGCACCCGACCGCGUCGACCACGCACGGCGGGCAGUACACAGUGAUCGCGCUGAUCAUGGCGUAUUUCAUCGCGUUCAUCAUGUCGUGGGCGAUACUGAUGCGGAUCCAUGUGAGCGAGGCGCAGCCGGUGCGCACUAGGGCCAGCGUGUCGAGUCUGGCGCAGUGCGCGAAUUGGGUCGUUAACUGGGUCGUCGCCUUCUCUACCCCCAUGUUCCUCGAUAAGAGCCCCAGUGGCCCGUACUUUCUCUGGGCCGCGAGCAUUUGGGUUGCUGUCGCGGUCAUGGCCGUUUAUCUGCCGGAAACCCGCGGCAGGGAGAUGGAGCAGUUUGAUGGCAAGGUCAAUAGCAGCUUGGGUAGGUGGGUGAAGGGCUUGAUGGAGCGGAGGAUGAAGAAAGGAACAACCUCCCCCCGCCCAACCCCAACCACUCACAUGGAUAAAACUAAAGAAGAAACAGAUGUGAUAAGGUAUCAUCAAUGCUAUGUGUGA